AUGGGAAACAGCGCAUCCUCUGUUGGUGGUGUGGCGCCCCCUCAGCAGCUGGACCAGCGGCAGUCGUCCAAGACACCCAGCUGCAAGAUCUGCUGCGCCUGCCCGCAGGAGCGCCGCGCCCGUGAUGAGUGCACGCUCCUCAGGAACAUGGACGAGUGCGAGACCGAAAUAGCAGCCUUCUACGCGUGUCUGCGGAGGGAAGGCUUCAGCGCGGAGGAGGUGAACGCGCUCAAGAGGAACACCAAGACGAUGUGA